AUGCCAACCCCUGGACAGGGCACCAUAGGGUCUCUAGACUACACCCCUCAAGAGAGGAAAAUAUUGGCUCACAAGAGUAAAGAUUGGGUUUGUAGUACUUGUCAAGUAAAUCCGUCCCAGGUCCUCGCUAAACCUAGUCAGGUAGAUAAUAUGUCCCAGGUCCUCGCUAAACCUAGCCAGGUAGAUAUUCUAUCCCAGGUCCUCGCUAAACCUAGUCAGGUAGAUAUUCUAUCCCAGGUCCUCGCUAAACCUAGUCAGGAUUCUACUAUUAACCAAGAGGAGGUUGACAGCAUAGUUCAAUCAUUAGAAUUUAAGAGUGAAGAGGAGAUGAUGAGAAGGAAAGAGUCUUCUGCUAGUUUAAAAUCUGAUAGCAAUGACAGUGGUGCAGUUGAACAGACAGGAGAUGUAACAGACGCAGCUGUCGAAACUGUUAUUCCAUCAAUAGAUAAUGUUCCGAGAACAGCGACUGCUUGUCCCCUCGCCUCAAGACCUGAGGAACCCAGUGUACACGUGGAAGAACCAGGAUAUCAGAUUUACGACUUCGUUAUUGUUGGUUUAGUUCUUCUGAUUGCUCUCCUUCUAGUCCGUAGGUUUGCAGCUCAGGAUGGAGAAGACGGUAUUCUAGAGGAGGAAAUAGAAGAUUUAUCAGAACAUUCUCUUGUUUAAUAAAAACUGAUACAGGAACAGAAGAUGUCUUUGAUAUAGUUUGGUCAGUUUUGUAGAUAUAAACCAAGCGUGCACGCCUCCUGAACUGUUCAUCAGGACGAAAAGUUUCAUCUCUGACUGUACUCACUUGACUCACUACGCUGCAAUGUUGUUUAAUAAGGUUUGAUAUGACGUAAUGAUUGUUGGAAAAAAGAGAAAGAUACUAAAGUGCGCGCGCGCAUCCAGAAUAUCUUACCUUAAUAAACUACCUUGCUGCGCUAUGGAGUUUGAAUUUACAAAGUUUAUCAAAUCUUAACAAAGACGACAUUUCUGGUCUUGUCUGUGAAUCCUUUUUUUAAAUCCAAUUAAAACUUUCAAGUUUUUUGUGUGGUUGCAUUUAUAUUAUAUAUAUUGGUAUAUAGUCAUUUAUUAACUA